AGAAAAUGAUCAUCAUUAAGAAUGUUGGUUCUAGUGAAACAAACCCUCGACGAACUAAGCGAUGGCUCCGUGGUACUCGCUGGGUCUUUCUCUUGAUCACCUCGGUCCUCAUCUACGGCUCUCACGCUCCUCUCAUCGCUCUCACUAAAUCAGACAGCCGCGUUCCCUUCAGUCCGUCGUCCUGCGUCGUUCUGAUCGAACUCAGCAAGCUUCUGAUCUCUCUCAGUGCGCUGUUUGCUUCAGGGGACGUCCACACCAUCAAGGUUUCUGUAUCCUGGGCCGCAGCGAUGCCGUACGCUGUCCCCGCUCUGCUUUACGCAUUCAACAACAACCUAGUGGUGUUCAUGCAGGCCUACAUGGACCCCAGUUCAUUCCAAGUUCUCAGCAACCUGAAGAUCGCCUCCACCGCUCUGCUCUACACCUCCUGUCUGAGGAAGAGGCUGCGCCGUGCUCAGUGGACGGCCCUGGCGUUUCUCAUGGUGGCCGGGGCACUUCACAGCUACUCCAGCCUUGAAUGGGAGAUCCCAGAUCAGGGAGGGGAGAACGCAAGGACCGGACUUCAUAUCACAGCCUGGGGACUGCUGCUCGUGCUCAUUUACUGCUUCGUGUCCGGACUCGCUGCAGUCUACACUGAGAAAGUUUUAAAAAGCCAACAUCUGCCUCUGAGCCUGCAGAAUCUUUUCCUGUACAUAUUCGGUGUGGUGCUCAAUCUGGCAUCGCAUUUCUACAGCAGCGGAACAGAGCAGGCGUUUCUAGAAGGAUAUUCAGCACUAGUGUGGGUCAUCGUAGCAGGACAGGCAGCUAACGGCCUGCUCAUGUCUGUAAUAAUGAAACAUGGAACUGGAAUCACGCGACUCUUCAUCAUCUCCUCAGCUAUGCUGGUGAACAGCGUGCUCUCCUGGGGGCUGCUGGGAUUGCAGCUCACGCCUUUCUUUCUCCUAACUGUGCUGAUGAUCGCAGUGGCUGUGUACCUCUAUUACAGGUAAAUGGUCUGGGAGUAGGGCCGCACAUUUAACUCUGUAUCAGUCAAGAUUUCAUCUCGAUAAUGUGUACAUUUAAUUAACAUCCCCAUUUAAUUAAAUGUGUUGAUUUUAGUUUUAUUGUCAAAUUUUGUUCAUAUAUACAGCAUUCAGAGCAUUGAGUUUUACUUUAAUUCAAAUGCUUAUCGAUUAGGAAUGUAAAAAUCUUUGCAAUGUAAUAGGAAACAUUAGUACUAAAAUAAAACCAGAUACAUUUUUAAGCUCCCAUAUUAGAGUGCACCUAUUAAGGUUUUUCAAAUAUUUCCUUUCAUGUAGUGUGUUCUAUAGCUGUUUGUGAAUGCAAAAAGUCUGCAAAGUUUCAGGAAUCAAAGCGCACAAUAAUAUAUAUAUAAUGCUGCUGUUUAAAUUAUUAGCAUAUUAAAGUGUUUCUUGAUCUUGGAUGCAUGAGACCUUUAAAACAAAAUUAGGCAUGUUUCAAAACCAUAAUAGGUUCACUUUAAAGUAAAAAAAAUAAUAAUAAAUUGACUUUUUUUAAUUAGGCCUAUUCGAAAUAAAAUUCACAAUCUUACAAAAAUGUCCCACAAGUUAGAAUGUAAGAUGUCUAAUUGGGCAUUUGGAUGGAAAUAUCAUAUCAUAUGGUUAAUACUUUAAGACAGUCCUGUGAUGUAUCACAAUAUAUAGAUUGCUAACAGUGCAGUCGUUGUUGUGGGUUUUUUUUUUUAACAUUAAAAAUAAAAAUUGGGUUGAACGAUACUUUUAUUUAGUGGGAACAAAAAUAACACUGAAAAGGAAAAUAAACAAUCAUUUUAACCUGGAAGAAGAGAUUGUGAUGUCUCCAUGGGAUCUUCCUGGUUAUAUAAAUAAAUUAAUUAAUUGUGCAGCCCUACAUGGUGUAAUUGUGUGUUUGUGUAUGUUUAGUUUAUGUUAAUGUUACUUCAUCUUUGGUCUGCUCACAUAUAUUUAAAUAGAAGUUGCGGAUUUAUUUAGAUGCAGGUUUGACUGGAUUAGGUCAUAGGUGUGUGCUGUUUGAUUGAUUUUUUUUUUUUUUUUUUUAAACCCAUCUCUUUAAUCUGAAUGUCUUGUUUGUUUGAGAUUUAUUUUUAUUAUGCUCAACAAUGCAAAAGUUGAUGUAGCGCAGAGUCUGAAAGUAUUUAUGAGUGGAAUUAUGGAAAUAAAUAUUAAACAUAUCUAUCAUG